UGUUUAUUUAAUUUUAGAACAAUGGAGAAACAGACUGAUAAAGGCGAUGUUAAUGACAGUGGUGAUUGCAGUGACGACGAUUUGUUAAAAGGAUCUGACGACGCAGUGAAUGUUGUAAAAUCUCCAAAAUAUUCGUCUGACAAACACUCAGUUAUGCCUAAUAAAAUAAAAUGCAUCUGUAUUGGUACUAUGGUAUCUGCUAUCGGCAUUGUAUUGACAAUUGCGUUGUCGGUAAUAAUGCUUGCCAUCGUGACAACUGACGACCAAAAACAGAACGCUAUUAAAUUAUUAACUGCUAUUCUAAAAAUAUCGAAUCAGUUAGAUAGUUUAUCAAUAAAAACAAAUAGUGAUAGUUCAACAAAAGAUGGACCAAAAGCAUGUGAAAACAUUAACACUAACUAUCUUUACUAUGUUCUCCAAGAAGAAAACAGAAAACUUAAAGAAGAACUUCAAAAAACAAAAUUUCGAAAAGAUGAUCAAAAGAAUAGUCUUCAAUUAACAAGAAUAUCUAAUCAGUUAGACAGUUUAUCAACGAAAAUGGAUAGUUAUAUUACAGUAACAGAUGGAUCUCAAACAUGUGAAAAAAUUAACACUAGCUUUCUUUACUAUGUUCUCCAAGAAGAAAACAGGAAAUUAAAAGACAAACUUCAAAUUACAAAAUCAAAAAAAGAUUCAAUUAGAUGUGCAGACACUGAUAAUAAACGGAACCAACAAGAACGGAGAAAAGACCCAUUGCAAGUUAGUUGUAGCUCGGUUUCAUGUGAACACAGUUAUGGAUGGGUUGUCGCCAAUCAAAGCUUAUCAUUUGGUCGUUCAGAUCAUUUUGAUAUAAUAAUAAAAUUCAAGUUAUUUUAUCCCGAAAUACCCGAUAACGGUAAAAUAUUAUUUGAGUUUGGUCUAAUGACGUUAGGUGAUCACUCAGAAUUGAGUCAUCCAGUCAUAAUUGUCAGUGGUCAAAGAUGUGAAAAAGAACAUGGAAUGUGUCUUUAUGUUAAAGAUGUUGUAUUGACAAAACUGGAUGACCAUGUAUUUGACCAGAAGUCGGAUUAUAUACAAGGGCAACUAACGCUGGAACUUCAUAAAUCAUAUUUUGUCUUAAUGUCCAACCAGAAAAACAUAUAUAUUUCAAAUACGGUCAAUCUGUCUUCUAAAGUGAAACUUUGGCCAGUGUUUGGAUUUUACAAUACACAUCUCAUUAAUAUAUCACAAACAAUUUUAUCCGAGAACAAAGCAAGCUUCAACAGAACAACCGUUGACACACAUUUAUUUGUUUCUGAAGACAACAGUACGAUAUCAAGUUGUAAGUUGUGGCCUAAAGAAACAAGUUUUACUAGAUGGGAUAUAAGCAUUAUGUUUAUUGAGAUUGCUUUCUUCAUUGUUUCUACAAUUUUAUGCAUCAUUUUCAUGUUUUACAAUCAUUCUUGUGAUAGAUUUGUUGGUGAUAGUGUGUUUUUCACGUCAUGUUUUCUUUGUUUACCACUUUCAUUAUAUUACCUCUACAUUAGUUGGUCCAUGUAUUUGCUUGUAGAAGUGAGUACGUUGCUUGGAAUUUUACUCUAUCAGCUAAAAUAUACAAGAAUUGAAUCUGAUCUUAUGCCAUAUGCUUUUUUUACUUUUCUAGACUCUACUUAUAUUGUGAUCUUGUUUAAAAUUCUCAAAUAUAUAUUUUAUUUAAUAUUCUUUUAA